AUGAAGAACUCAUCGGAAAGCCGUAAUAAGCAGUAUUUAUUUUUAAUGCGAGGAGAAACUGGUAUGAUGGAAUAUACCGAUUUGGUCUCGGAUGAGGUUAGUUCUCAUUCUCUUAGGUCGUCUAGUUCGGGCACUAGUCCAUUUUGUAUGACUAGCGAAUCAUCAGCUGCCUCACCGAGACCGAAAACGUACUUCUGUGAUUAUGAAGGCUGCUAUAAGUCAUUCACAAGGCCCUCACUGCUGACUGACCAUCAGACUACGAUUCAUCAUGGUAUCAAACUUUUCAAGUGUAAUGUGUGCGAUAGUGGAUUUACCAAGAAGUCACAUCUAGAAAGGCAUCUCCACACCCAUUCCAGUGAAAAGCCAUUCAACUGUUCAGUAUGCGGCAAGGGUGUCACUACAAGACAGCAGCUAAAAAGACAUGAAAUCACGCAUACUAAGUCAUUCAAAUGCACUUACGAAGGUUGUACCGAGGCCUUCUAUAAGCAUCCGCAAUUGCGCUCGCAUAUACUUUCUUUCCAUGAACAGAAAUUGACCUGUAAAGAAUGCGGAAAGACUUUUCAGCGACCAUAUCGUCUCAAGAACCAUAUUUCCAAACAUCAUAAUCCGGAUACGGCGUUUUCAUAUCAAUGUGAUUUUCCGGCAUGUACGCAUGCGUUCAAAACCUGGUCUGCGCUGCAGCAGCACAUCAAGGUCGAUCAUCCAAAACUAACUUGUCCGAAGUGCGGGAAACACUGUGUAGGCGAAAGUGGUUUAAGCAUGCAUAUGAUUAUCCACGAUGAUAAUCUUGUUACGAAGAACUGGAAAUGCUCCGUGUGUGAUGAACGGUCAUUCGCAAAAAAAGCAGAUCUUAUGACGCAUUAUUUGGAAAUCCACAAGGAUGCUAUUCCCUGGGUUUUGGAGUCCAAUUCUAAUGUAACCGGCGUGAAUCUAAAUAAUGCAGAGACCGGCGGUAACUACGACAUAACAACGGAAAUGGAUACAUCUAAGAGGCCAAAGAGAAGGCGAUCAGAGAAAGGUGAACUAGAGGGCAUUAAAACGGAGAUUAAGAUAAGGAAAUACAUCGAAUCCGGCAAAUCUGCAUUAUCGCUAGUGUUGAACGCUGCCGGUAAGAAGCACAGGUGCCCACUACUUGGUUGUAGUAGGAGUUUUAAAACAAUUGAAAAAUAUGAGUCCCAUAUAGCGAAGCAUAGACUUCACCAGCUUAAACUGAAAGAGUUAGAGCAGAAAAAUGCCCUAGAUACCGACCGAGAACAGGAAAAGCAAGCAUCUGAAGACCAGUACAAAUCUACACUGUUCGAAUGA